AUGGCUCAACCGGAGCUUUUCCAUGCUGUCUGCUGUGGGGAUGUUGUCAGCGUUUCUAAACAUGUUCAGCGUGCGUCUAUCAACGAACUCAACGACGCAGGGCUAGCAGUUGUCCAUGGUAUGGCUGCCGUUUGUCCAAAAGAAGUCAUCAACGCUGUGGCAAUCCUUUUGGGUUUGAACGCAGCUGAUUUUAACCUUCCGGCGGAGGAUGGAACCGGAUCACCACCUGUUUUCUUUGCUUGUCGAAGUUUGACUCCGGGGUCUGCUCUUGCCUGUCUGAAAGGAUUGAACGCCAAUAUUAAUGUUAAGAAUAAUCGGAACCAGACACCUUUCCACUAUCUUCUUUCUGAAGAUAGCAAAUGUAAUGACCUUGAAGAGCUCAGGCACGCAAUGGAGCUUCUACUCCAAUCUGAAGUUUCACUGAAAGACAAAUGCAGCGAAGGCAUUUCUGGAGAAGAUCUAUUAGAAUUACUCCCUCCUCCAAAAAGAGAAACAGCUCAACUUGUGAUUAAAGCUAUAGAAGAGUCCCGAAAGAUAAAAGAAGAGUCAAAACCAGAGGAAAGCAAAGAGAACAUUGAAAUCAAGGAAGACGCGAAGGAUGUGAAUAUAGAGGAUGACUCUUGUCAGACGACUGAGUCGCCUUCGUCCAUGGCAAUAGAGGAAAUUGAAACCGCCUCUGAAAAUAGCUCUGGGAGUUUCCUUGACCCAUCACAGCCAUUGAUUGAUGUGCAGAAUCAAGACGCACUUCUGAGACGCCUUCUCAUUCGCCAAAAUUUGCAAGAGUUUGUUCUAUCACAGCUCGCACUAUCACAGCGGCUGAACAGGGGCUUUGGAGGAACUCAACCUAGCCAGCCAUCUACAGGAGCAAGUCCUCAACCUGCGAGCCAGCCGACACUCGUCCAGCGAUCCUACGACAACAGGCCAAGUGUUUACAAUCGACGAAUAAGUUCCGAGCAAGCUCAGCUUCCUGACGGGCGACUCUGUACACGUGUUCCUGCUCGCAGAUGGAGCAAACGAGACUCAGAUUGGAACAAUUUCCAGUAUACGUGUGACUUUUGUCCUAUGUUUGGCGACGUUCGAAAAUAUCGAAGAAAGGCUGAGCUCGUUCGUCAUCAAGCUCUACAUUUUCCAGAGCAGGCACGCAAAUUCAAAUGCGCUCUUUGCAACUACUCCGCCACACGGAACGAGUACCUCAAGUCGCAUAUGUCAAAUCGCCACGGAAUAGUGCAGCCUAAAGAUUCCAAGCGUUCGAAACAUUCUUCAACUCCUUCGCUGCCCUCGCUGGAAAAUGGCCUGUCGUUUCCAACUAUGCUGCAAAUACCGACUGCUGAUUCUCCAGGCUGCUCCUCUUCGAAUGACUUGAGCAUGAGCAAUAGCGUCAGGUCGGAAGAAACAAUGCACGAGCACGGGACGAAUUCAUCUCAGUCAAUCUCCGAUGACAUCAACUCACAGCGAACGAUUUCAAGCAAUCACUCACCAUCGUGGACAGAACCUGAGCCUCUCAAAAUCGAAAUCAUGGAGAACUGA